AUGUCGCAUUCUCAUCAAAAUACAAUUCGUAGUCAAAAAGGUGCAUCUUCCGCUACGGUUUCAUUUACAAAAAAACCAGCAAUUUUACUCGUAAAACACAUACAAAUUAGUGAAUUACAGGAUAAAAACGAAAGGUCUAAGAAAUUUUUAUCAUUUGGACCUAAUCCUAGACCCAAAUUGGAAUUUUUUAUAGAUAAUAAUAGAAGACGAACGACUACAGAAACUAAAUACAUUAAAAAGAAAAAGACCGUUUGGUCUGAGCAUUUGACCUUUGAACUAUCACCUCCAAUAGAAGAUACUUUGUUUGUGAAAUGCUACGAUAUGAGUAGAAAUGGUAAUGAUGGAUUGUUUGGAGAAUCUGAAGUAAAAUUAAGUUCUUACGAGGGCCAAAGAGGAAAAGUGAAUUUGGUAUUGCUCAAGUAUGAAAAAGAAGUCGGAAAAGUAUCUUUUGAUAUUUAUUUUCUUUCCGGGUAUCCGCCAAAAGAUGCUGAUCUAAACUUACGUGACGGGUCUUCGUCAAAUGAUAUAAUAGGCGUAUUAUUAUUGAAAAACAUUACUUGCAAAGGGAUGAGCAAAAAAGGACAUUUGGAAUUCGUUUUCAAUAAUGGGGCUAAAACGCAUACAACCGAGAAAUACUGGAAAAUGACACCAGAGAUUUGUGAAUACCCUAUAGCAUUUAACUUGGUCGCUAAAAAAAUAAAAAUAUGCAUUCAAUAUCAAUAUAGUUCACUACUCACUGGCUUUGCAAAAACAAAAUUCGAAAUCAGAUCUGCUGAAACUUGGAGAUCACUGAUGGAAUCGGGAACACUUAAAUCUGGCGAUCUUGUAUUUGUAGAAAACGGGUUUGAUGCAGGAUAUACGAGAUUUAAAGUAUCUUUUCAUGCACUGACUACAUUCAAACAGAUCAUCAAAGAAAAUUCUCAAGGAGUAGCACGGCAAGUUACGGAAACUACUUCAGAAACAAGUCGAGCUUCAAGUAUAGUAAAUUUUAACGAGAACAAUGUGCAAAAGAUUCUCCAAAUCGAACCAAAAGAAGAAACAAAGCAAAUUACGAAUAUCGAGAUUUCAAGUAAAGAUCUCGGUCAAUAUCUAGCUGAAAAACCACAAUCACCUAUUCAAACGCGGAGUAACACGUUUACCUCAACAAGCUCCUUUGCAAACACAUUUUCAUCCGGCAUCCGUAGCAAUCCAUCAACCGAAAAUUAUGGAAGCGUCAAAAUUGUCUGCUCAAAAUACUUAAUAUUAUCUUCUGUUGAAAAUAAUCCGGAAUAUCGUCAAUAUAGAAAUCGAUUAUAUAAAGGGCACAAUAUCUAUAAUUUGGAUCAAGUAAUAAUAAAAGUGUUUGAGCGUCAAACGUCGUGGGAAAAUGAGAGAAAUUUUCUUUGUAAAUUAAAUUCGAAAUAUGUCGUCAAAUGGAUAGAUAUGGAAAUUAAUCGUCAUUUAGACGGUGGCUUUGUGUCUAUUACCUCUUAUGCUGGCGAGAAUUUGGAAACAAACGAACUUAUAUUUAAGGACCCAAUUGAAAAGAAACGAAUAUUAUUAAGUAUAUCUAAAGCGACUGAAUUUCUUCAUGGUGAAAAAAUUGCUCACCUCGAUUUGAAGCCUGCAAAUAUUAUUUGCAAGCCAAAUAACUUACACAAGAUACGCCUAUGUGAUUUCGAAUCGGCGAAAAAUUUUGGAGACUAUCUACAAUCUAAUUACGAUCAUUUUCGCUCGUGUGGAUUUAGUGCUCCCGAGAUUGUGCAACAUACUACCAUUAAAGUUACCUCCGCUCAAGAUAUAUUUAGCUUAGGUUGCAUUUUCUAUUUCAUCCACACGAAUAAACUCAUUUAUGAUGAUUUCGACGACUUGAGCGAUUCAACAUGUUCCGAUUGGUUUCGUGGUGAUAUUUUCGACACGCAAGCCGCGAGUAUUAUUUUACGAAUGUUAAAUUGGGUACCAAGUGAUCGUCCAACAAUACAAGAAAUUAUAAACUCGGAUUAUUUUAAGGAAGGCUCAAAUCAACUUAGCAGUGAAUCAUAA